CCUCGCCCUAGACCUGCCCUUGAUGGCGCUUUGGAAAAGACCCUCGUCCUGUCCGGAGGCCGAUGGUCCUCAGGAAUCCCCAGGAGGGGUUAACAUGCUGUGGAGAGCAAUUGCGUUGAGUGGAGAUGUGCUCUGUGCAUAAAAAGGCUGGGGAAGAACACGGUCUGUUAGCACCCAUCCUCCGUGGAGACGCUGGGGCUCACAGCCUGCAGAACGAGCGGCGAGUCUGCAGGGACUGGGCUUGCCUCUGUCCGGAGCCGUCCUGAGGUGUUCAACUUGUACCAGCCUCCAGGAGCCCCCGGGUCUGGAGCCUCACAGAUGCGUCCUGGUCCUGAGCGUGUAAGAGCGGGAUCUGAGAAUGACCACACGGCUGUGAAGCAUCUAGUUGGAGGUUCCGGUAGUUUCUUCACCAAGAGUGGACGAGGGUCAUCAUGCCACAGCAGCUCCUGAUUACCCUGCCUGCCAAGGCCAGCACCUGGGUGAAGCUGCACGACCCGCAGAAGACUCAGGAGGGCGCGCCCCUGUGGAAGAAUGUGACCAAGAUGUUUGAAGGAGAAGCUUUGCUCAGUCAGGAUGCUGCUGAGGCCCAGGAAGAGCACUUGAAGGACGAAAUGAUCCCUAGGCUGCUGACAGUGGACUCACAGGAGCCGCUGACCUUCCAGGAUGUGUCUGUUGACUUCUCCCAGGAGGAGUGGGGGCAGCUGGCCCCUGUGCACCAGAGCCUGUAUCGAGAGGUGAUGCUGGAGAACUAUAGGAACCUGGUGUCAGUGGCAGGAUGUCAGCUUUCCAAACCAAAUGUGAUUUCCCAGUUGGAGAAAGGGGAGGAGCCGUGGAUGACAGAGAAAGAAGACCUAGGAGAUCCCAGUCCAGACUUGACAGAAGCCAGUGAUCCAACUGCCAAGGGCAGUGAUUCCCAGGAGCAGUUCUAUCAUGGCAUUGUGAUGGAACGGUUCAUGAAGGAUGAGAUCAUUUAUUCCACACUGAAACAAGUCUCGCAUCACAAGGAUGCAUUAGACAAGAACCAGAAAACCUAUGGAAGAGAUGAGAGACAAGACAUUUUGACCAGCAGGAAGAGAGGCCAAGAAACUAACAACUAUGAAGAAAAUAUCAUUGUGAGUUCAAAUGUUAUUGUAGAACAGAAGCACCAUAAAUGUGACACAUCUAGAAAGAGGAACAAAUACAAGUUGGAUUUGAUUAACCAUCCAGCAAAUUACAUGAGAACAAAGACUUACGAAUGUACUAUAUGUGAAAAAGUGUUCAAACAGCCCAUUCACCUUACUGAACACAUGAGAAUUCAUACUGGAGAGAAGCCUUUCAGAUGUGAAGAAUGUGGAAGGGCCUUCAGUCAAAGUGCAUCCCUUAGUACCCACCAGAGAAUCCACACUGGGGAGAAGCCCUUUGAGUGUGAGGAGUGUGGCAAGGCCUUCAGACAUCGCUCAUCACUUAAUCAGCAUCACAGAACUCACACAGGGGAGAAACCCUAUGCUUGUGAUAAAUGUCAGAAGGCUUUCAGCCAGAACAUUAGCUUGAUCCAACAUUUGAGGACCCAUUCCGGAGAGAAGCCUUUUACGUGUAAUGAAUGUGGAAAAACCUUCCGACAGAUUAGACACCUGAGUGAACAUGUAAGAAUUCACACUGGGGAGAAGCCCUAUGCAUGUGCGGCAUGUUGUAAAACCUUCAGUCACAGAGCAUAUCUGACGCAUCAUCAGAGAAUCCAUACAGGAGAGAGACCCUACACGUGUAAGGAAUGUGGGAAAGCCUUUAGGCAGAGGAUACACCUGAGCAACCAUAAAACUGUCCACACAGGAGUGAAAGCGUAUGAGUGCAAUCGCUGUGGGAAAGCCUACAGGCACGACUCCUCCUUUAAGAAACAUCAGAGACAUCACACAGGAGAAAAACCAUAUGAAUGUACCGAGUGUGGAAAAGCAUUCAGCUAUAAUUCAUCACUCAGUCGACACCAUGAAAUACACAAGAGGAAUGCCUUCCCAAAAAAUGUAUAAAAAUAGAGAUUUAACAUAAGACGUAAACCAAGUCUAGUUCAAUGAUUCUAUGUUGUAGAAUUUCAGGAUUCAGUUAAAUUUGAGGAACUGCUAGAAAGAUGCUAACUUUAAAUUUUUUUUCAUUGUGGUAUCAGUGCCAUCUACUGAUGCUUCCAUACAAACUAUUUAAUAAAAUCUUGUCCUUCUAUUUAAAUAAAUUCAGCACUAGGAAAAAUAAAUAAUGUAAUGCUUUUUCUGAUCUCACAGGGAAUGAAUGCAUUUUUCUUCAUGAUAAUUCACUGACUUGCCAGCAUUUAGGAACUACUGUUUAAAGUAGUUCCACCCCUAUUUUUUUUU